CAGCGCGCUUUCUCUCAGCAUCCUUUCUGGAUCUCCUCCCACCCCCCUCCUUGCUGAGCCGGAGGAGAAAGGGUGGGGCCGCCUCUCUGCAGCAGAGUCGGCGGCGGCAGUGGCUGCAGCAACAUCGUCGGGGCCUUCGGCGGAGGCAGCAGUCUCCCUUGGAGGUGACCGCUUGCAAGCACUGCUAAGGUGGCCCGGCAGCGACCGGACGACGAUAGGAAGGACAGUCUGUCAGCUGAUCCCGCCCAGCCUUUCCUCUGCGCCAUGGCUUAAACCUGCAGCCACCUUGCCUCGCGUCUCCUCCUUCGGCUGGGGUCUGCGCGACACCGCAGCCUCAGGGAGAGGGGCGCGCGAACGCCCUAGGCCUGGGAUUCCAGGAUUCCUCCGUACGCGGCCACAGCAGCUGCGCCCCGGAAGACGUUUGCAGCCGGUAAUCGAGGGACAUUACAGACUUCAUCUCAGCCAUACCUUCCCUCCCCAAUCCCACCCCCACCCCCCACGCCGGGUGUUCUUGGAGGAAAAAAAAAAGGGGGGGGGGAGGUAGCAGGCUGAUCGCGUGUUAGAGAGGGGGUGGAGGGGAAGCGGUGGGAUAUACAUUAACUGGUCCAGACACGGCCUAAAGAAGGACCACCUUUGCAUCUAGCAUCAUGGCAUGGCCGUGCAUCACGCGGGCCUGCUGCAUCGCCCGCUUCUGGAACCAGCUGGACAAGGCGGACAUCGCGGUGCCGCUGGUUUUCACCAAGUACUCGGAGGCCACCGAGCACCCGGGCGCCCCGCCCGCGCUAGCGCCCCCCACGGCGCGCGCCCUAGCCGUAGACGCGCAGCCGGCGCAAGGUGGCGAGUUGGAUGCAGUUGCCCGGGCAACGGGAUCUGCGCCGGGCCCCAGAGGCGAACGCGAGGCUGCAACCGCCCCUAGCCGGGUCGGGCCGGGCCUGGGCGGGACCUCCGCUUCCGCUUCCGGCCCCGCGGACUCUGUGAUGCGACAGGAUUACCGCGCCUGGAAAGUGAAGAGGCCGGAGCCCAGCUGCCGCCCGCGGAGCGAGUACCAGCCGUCCGACGCGCCCUUCGAGCGAGAGACCCAGUACCAGAAGGACUUCCGUGCCUGGCCGCUGCCGCGUCGCGGGGACCAUCCCUGGAUCCCCAAGCCCGUGCAGCUCUCCGCGACCCCUCAGGCUACCGCGCCCGUCCUCCGGGCGCCCAGGCGCCGGCCGCAGAGCCAGGAGCGUUGGCCCAUGCCGAGCACCACGGAGACCCGGGAGCCGGAGCGCGACGCGCGCAGGAAGGCCGGCCCCGCCGGCGAAGGUGGCCCUGCGGCGGGAAAGCCCUCCGGUGCUGACGAGCGCGACACCCGCCGGAAGGCCGGGCCCUCCUGGAUGGUGCACCGUACCGAAGGGCAUGACGAAUCCCCGCUGCCACCGGCCCAGUCCCAGUUCCAGGAAGGUGGCCCUGCGGCGGGAAAGCCUUCGGGUGCAGAUGUGCAUGACACCCGGAGAAAGGCGGGGCCCUCCUGGAUGGUGCACCGUACCGAAGGGCAUGACGAAUCACCGCUGCCACCAGCCCAGUCCCAGUUCCAGGAAGGUGGCCCUGCAGCGGGAAAACCCUCCGGUGCAGACGUGCAUGACACCCGGAGAAAGGCGGGGCCCUCCUGGAUGGUGCACCGUACCGAAGGGCAUGACGAAUCACCGCUGCCACCGGCCCAGUCCCAGUUCGAGGAAGGUGGCCCUGCGGCGGGAAAGCCCUCCGGUGCAGACGUGCAUGACACCCGGAGAAAGGCGGGGCCCUCCUGGAUGGUGCACCGUACCGAAGGGCAUGACGAAUCCCCGCUGCCACCGGCCCAGUCCCAGUUCCAGGAAGGUGGCCCUGCGGCGGGAAAGCCCUCCGGUGCAGACGUGCAUGACACCCGGAGAAAGGCGGGGCCCUCCUGGAUGGUGCACCGUACCGAAGGGCAUGACGAAUCACCGCUGCCACCAACCCAGUCCCAGUUCCAGGAAGGUGGCCCUGCGGCGGGAAAGCCCUCCGGUUCAGACGCGGGUGACACCCGCAGGAAGGCCGGGCCAUCCUGGAUGGUACACCGUACCGAAGGGCAUGACGAAUCACCGCUGCCACCGGCCCAGUCCCAGUUCCAGGAAGGUGGCCCUGCGGCGGGAAAGCCCUCCGGUUCAGACGCGGGUGACACCCGCAGGAAGGCCGGGCCCUCCUGGAUGGUACACCGUACCGAAGGGCAUGACGAAUCACCGCUGCCACCGGCCCAGUUCCAGUUCCAGGAAGGUGGCCCUGCGGCGGGAAAGCCCUCCGGUGCAGACGCGGGUGACACCCGCAGGAAGGCCGGGCCGUCCUGGGUUGUGCAGUUUGCGGAAGAGGAGGAAGAGGAGGAUGAAUCAUUGCUGCCUCCCGCCCAGUCCAAGGAAGGUGGCUCUGCAGCUGGAAAACCCUCCGGUGCAGACGUGCGUGACACCCGCAGGAGGGCUGGGCCCGUAACCCAUGCCCAGGAGGCUGGCAAGGGGCGCACAGUGGCAGAUGCCCUCAACCGACAAAUCCGUGAGGAGGUGACGAGUGCAAUGAGCAGCUCCUACAGGAAUGAAUUCAAAGCAUGGACAGACAUCAAGCCUGUGAAACCAAUCAAAGCCAAGCCCCAGUACAAGCCCCCAGAAGAUAAGAUGGCUCAUGAGACCAGCUACAGUGCCCAGUUCAAAGGGGAGGCCAAUAAGCCCACUGCCGCUGACAACAAGGCCUUGGAACGCAGAAGAAUACGCAGCCUCUAUAGCGAACCUUAUAAGGAACCCCCAAAGGUAGAGAAACCUAGUGUUCAGAGUUCCAAACCAAAAAAGACCUCAGCGAGCCAUAAACCCCCGAGGAAGGCCAAAGACAAGCAGGUGGUGUCGGGCCAGGCUGCCAAGAAAAAGACCACAGAGGGCCCGAGUGCCACCAAACCCGAUGACAAGGAGCAAAGUAAAGAGAUGAACAAUAAACUGGCUGAGGCUAAAGAGCGCCCGGACCAGCCUGCCGGUGAUGCUCAUAAGACUCAAGGUCCUGUAGCCACAAAGCCACACAAGGAUCAAGAUCCUGGGCUUCUCAAAGGCCAAGGUCCUGUGGUCCAAGAGCUCCCAAAGGAUCAAGGCCCUGUGCUUCCAGGCUCCCUAAAGGAUCAGGGUCCUUUGGUCCCAGGGCCUGUGAAGGUCGUAGGUCCCGUGGUCCCACUACCAGUCAAGGGUCAAGAUCACGUGACCCCUGAGCCUUUAAAGAAUGAUUCUGUGAUCUCAGCACCAGCCAAGGACCAAGGUUCUUUGGUCCCAGAGUCUGCAAAGGAUCAAAUCCCCAUGGUUCCACCAAGAGCUAAGGAUCAAGUCUCUGUGGCCCCAGCAUCUGUAAAGGAUCAAGGUCCUGUGGCUGCUGGGCACCUGAAGGAUCAAAGUGCCACCGUCACCGUUCCUUUGACGAAAGAAGGUCCCUUGAUCACUGAGCCUGGAAAGAAGCAAGGCUUGGCAGACCCAGUGCCAAUCAAGGAUCCAGACGUAAUGGUCCCUGAGCACCUGAAGGGACAUGAUUCUGUGGUCAUGACGUCUGUAAAGAGCCAAGGCCCAGGACUCCCUGAGCUUGUGAAGAACCAAGACCCCACUCCCACUAUCCCAGUACUAGCCAAGGAUCAGGGUCCCGUGGUCCCAGAGCCCCCAAAGAGUCAAGGUCCUGUGGUCCUUGAGCCUGUGAAAAGUCAAGUUCCUAUAAUUCCAGGACCCCUAAAGGGUCAAGAUCCUCUGGUGACACCACCAGCAAAGGACCAAGGUCCUCAGCCACCCACAGCCUCACCUUUACCCUCAGUCACGAUUCCAACGGUGCCCCAUGCAGAAUAUAUCGAGGGAUCCCCUUGAUGUGCCACUGAAGGGGCUCCCACGUGGGGGCAGCGGAGACACAUAUUUAAUCUGCAUGAAACCGUGUUGUUAUCGUCUUGCUGGAAUCAAAUAAAACUGGUCACUUGGUCUCAGCAGCA